AUGUUAAGCAGCGCGAAUAAUUCAAAGGCGCACGGUCAGUGGAUUUUAGAAGCGAAUGCUCCCAUUGCGACUCAAUUAUCAGACGAUGACGCCAUCGAGUGUCUGUAUGCCACAGCCAAACAUCCAGGCGACGUGUACGCCGAGAUGACUUUACUCUUGCUGGAACAUCAACUCAGUCCUGGACGUUUAUCCGGGGAUGGCAUCGGUAUUCCUUUACUGCAUCGUGCGGCGUGUUUCUCCAACACAAUGCUAGCUACCGGUAUCAUGUCAUUGCUACUUGAAAGACCGGAUUGCGACGUCAAUGCACUCGACGCCUUCGGAAACACUGCCGUAUCGUAUGCCAUUGCAGCUGGAUCUAUUCGCAACGCGUGUUUCCUUCUUAAGAAUCCAAAGUGUCGAUUGGAGGCGGAGUACGAAGGCCAGUCGUGUUUCUACUAUGCGCUUCAUCUCCUUCCCUCUUUCGCGUGGCGCAUAAUCGCUCGUGAACUGUUAGUAACUAAGCGAGAUCGUGCAUUUCUUCAUUGUGACGCUGGUAACAAAACUUGUGGCUGCAAAGGAUACGAAGGUGAAGACCAAGACGGAGAUUUGUAUCGUCAGUGUAACUUUUGCAGUCAUGAAUCUACGAGUCACCGGAUAGUGCCACUUCCGUCGUGGUUUCGAGAUCAAUACGACACAUAG